AUGCAAGCUCUGAAAAGAAAGAGAUCCCGAUUGGCUUGUACUCCCUGUAGGGAGAGAAAGAGGAAAUGUGAUGGAGACGAGCCCUGCGUCACCUGCUCUGAAUGGGGCUACGAGUGUCACUAUGAAACUCGACAACGCAAACCCCGAACUCCUAGACAACCAGCACGUGGGGCUGAACCUGAAGCCCAGCCAUCUUCGGAGCCCAUAACACAAUCAGAGAUUGCUCAUUCAGAUCAAGCUGGAUUGAUCCGUCGCUUAGAAGCUAAUUCUGGCGCUGCUUUUGUGAGAAAAUUGGGUCUAAAGAUCGAUCCAGCAAAAGCACCAAAGCUUGAUUUGUUUGGCUGGAAUGUUGGAGCACGAAACUUAUCAGCUCCGAUCAUUCCAAGUCCCGCUCUUUCGAUCAUUGAAAUUACGUCCCUUGAGCACAUGAAAGCGUUGGCUCAGGUUUAUUUCGAUAAGGUGGAUCCCUGUUAUGGGUUCAUCGAUCGGGAUAUCUUUAAUGAGAGAUUAGAAGAACGCUGGCAGUCUUCCAUGAUACCUACUUUAUAUGACAGUGUUCUAGCUGGCGUCGCUGCUAUUGGGUGCUUAUUCUCUCAGCUCCAGGCUACGACCACAGAAUUGCAUUUAGUUCACACGGCUAAGGGCUGCUUGGAUAUGCACCAUCUUUACGGCCCGCCUUCCAUAGAUCUCCUGACAGGAUGGACUUUAAGGUCGAUCUAUCUUCGCCUAACAGACACACCACAUGCUACUUGGAUCGCCAGUUCCACUCUUAUGCAUCUUCUCGAAGCUUCAGGCUUCCACCCUGAACCAUCGGAGGGCUCGUUUCUGCCACAAAUUGCUCAAUGCGAUCCAGAAAUCAAGAAACGACUAGUUGGCCUUGCCCAUCACUUGAAUGUAUGGACUUCAUUUGAUCUAGGGCUAUCACGAGUCUCAUUCCAGAAGAACGAUCUACCGUCCCUUCCAUUCCCCAAGCAUGGCGAUUACACCGGUGAAAUUCUUGGUCUCUUACCCAUCUCACUGAGUCUCGAUCCAGGCAAGUCCAAGGAUGGGAUCGAGAUCGAUCUCACUUCAACCCUCUCCAAGCUACUCGAUGGGACGCAUACGCAGCCUCCAUCAGUGCUUGCGCAAUGCAAUCUCGCUCUUUGCAUCAUUCGGCGCAUUCAUACCCAGAACCUCGAUAUUUCAUCAAGCCUCGCAGAGCGUGUCUUGGUAUUACUGAAGAAAAGCCUUGGUUGCGCAAGUCGCAUGGCGCUAAACUGCUCACCAUGGCACCAAAUUGCGAACGUUCCGUUCCAAAUAAUCUGUGUUCUUCUGACACUGGAUUCAAGAUCGUCGCUAGCAAUUCUGCCCGAGGCAAUGCAGACGCUGAGUUUGAUAGCAUCGACGUAUGAAACUGAAACGUUGACGGAGGCCUAUAGAACUGCAUGCUUGUUGGUAUUGUUGCAUCGGCAGCGCAGAAAAGAUGACAUAGCCAUUCUGGGAGAUGCACUGAGUUUCCAUCAACCAGACAUGCUGGCUCCGUCUUCGCCAGAAGUUCAUCCUAGUUCUGAAGAAUACACAUGGCUGGGUGCUCUCGUCGCCGAUUUACCUGGGUUGCAGCGGGUUGAUCUCGAUCAAUUCCUGAAUGCAGAUAUGAUGGAUACAAUUUCAUUUUUGUAG